AGGGCGGAGCCACAGGGCGACCCGAGCGUUACGUGACGCAUACAGCAAUUGUUUACUAAAACCUUCUUUAUUGAGUUAUUUUCAUACAGCUCGACAGAUUUCUAUUUCGCAAACGCAUCGUAUCAUUUCGCGGAAGCAAAUCGCAAUUAGAAAGUAAAGCUGCGUUUCUCAACGGCCGCACCAUGAGAGGAGGUUCUUCCUAUGGAGACAGAGACAGAGACAGAGGACGGGACAGGCCACGGUUUGGAGCCAUGAGCGGCCGUGGCGGACCGCCACCAAUGAAGUUUGGGAAUCCAGGAGAUCGGCUACGCAAGAAGAAGUGGAACUUGGACGAGCUGCCAAAAUUUGAGAAGAACUUCUACACCGAACACCUCGAAGUCCAACACAUGAGCCAGUUUGAUGUAGAAGAGUAUCGCAGGAAGAGGGAGAUCACCAUCAGAGGCUCCGGCUGUCCGAAGCCUGUCACCGCUUUUCACCAGGCUCAAUUUCCACAGUAUGUGAUUGACGUGCUGAUGCAGCAGAACUUUAAGGAACCCACAGCGAUCCAGGCACAAGGUUUCCCCGUGGCUCUGAGCGGAAAGGACUUGGUGGGAAUAGCACAGACGGGUUCAGGAAAGACACUAUCAUAUCUUCUUCCUGCUAUCGUACACAUCAACCACCAGCCCUAUCUGGAGAGGGGAGACGGUCCGAUUUGUCUGGUGCUCGCUCCAACCAGAGAGCUCGCCCAGCAAGUCCAGCAAGUUGCCUACGAAUACGGCAAGUCGUCUCGUAUCAAGAGCACCUGUGUGUAUGGAGGGGCGCCAAAAGGGCCGCAGAUCCGUGACCUUGAACGAGGAGUUGAGAUUUGCAUCGCCACACCUGGUCGACUCAUUGACUUCUUGGAGUCGGGAAAGACCAACCUGCGCCGCUGCACCUACCUGGUGCUGGACGAGGCGGACCGCAUGCUGGACAUGGGCUUUGAGCCGCAGAUCCGCAAGAUCGUGGACCAGAUCAGGCCUGACAGGCAGACUCUGAUGUGGAGCGCCACCUGGCCGAAGGAGGUUCGGCAGCUUGCAGAGGAUUUCCUGCGAGAGUAUGUUCAGAUCAACGUCGGCGCUCUGGAGCUCAGUGCCAACCACAACAUCCUGCAGAUAGUGGACGUCUGCAUGGAGAACGAAAAGGACAACAAACUCCUUCAGCUGAUGGAGGAGAUAAUGGCUGAGAAGGAGAACAAAACCAUCAUCUUUGUAGAGACCAAGAAACGAUGUGACGACCUCACCAGGAGAAUGAGGCGCGAUGGUUGGCCAGCGAUGUGUAUCCAUGGAGACAAGAGCCAGCCAGAAAGAGACUGGGUCCUUACAGAGUUUCGGAGCGGUAAAGCGCCCAUCCUCAUUGCUACGGAUGUGGCUUCUCGCGGUCUGGAUGUGGAAGACGUCAAGUUCGUCAUCAACUACGACUACCCCAACUCCUCGGAGGACUACGUCCAUCGCAUCGGACGCACGGCCCGCAGCACCAACAAGGGCACCGCCUACACCUUCUUCACCCCGGGGAACCUGCGCCAGGCCCGGGACCUGGUCCGGGUGCUGGAGGAGGCGCGGCAGGCCAUCAAUCCCAAGCUGCUCCAGCUGGUGGACUCCGGCCGCGGAGGCGGCGGAGGAGGAAGGAUGCGUUACCGCAACAGCAGCUCCAGCAACCCCAACCUGAUGUAUCAGGACGAGUGUGACCGGCGCAUGCGGACCGGCGGCGGCGGCGGCGGCGGCGGCGGCGGCCGCAGCGGCUUCAACCGCGACGGCCGCAACGGAGACCGCUCCUCCUCCGGGUCCUCGUCCUCCUACCGGGACAGGAGCCGCGACGGCUCGGAUCAGUACCAGAGCUACGGCGGGGGCUUCAACUCCCGCGGCAGCGGCCAGUCUGGAGGAUCAGCAGCAGCAGGAGCAGGAGGAGGAGGUCAGGAUCAGUUUGGCCCGGCUCUUCCUCCUCCUCCUCCUCCUCCGUCAGGAGCGCCGCAGCCUCUCAUGGCUCAGCAGUUCGCCCCCUCGCAGCCCCCCCUCAUGAGCUUCAUCGGGCAGCCGGCGUACGCCUUCGCCUCGCCGCCUCCGCCGCCUCCUCCAGGGAAGUAGAACAGCUCCCUCCGACCCACUCAAGCUUCCACUCUACCUUUUUUUUUUUUUUUUUAAACUUCCAUCGUCCUCAAUAAGCAGGUGGUUUAAAAAAUGCUUAUAUCAGUGUUUUGUUUUUUUUUUUUUUUUAAUUAGUUUGUAUUUUUCUACACUCAACAUGUGAAAUAAAAUAAAAUAAAAAAAACUUGAUUUGUCACAGUUGGGCCAUGUGCAGAGGAACACGCUUCUGGGCUUUUCAUUCCAACCCAACACCGGAUUUGUCCGUUGUGCGUCCGUCCACUCUAUAACCGGUCAGCUGUGUCACUGUUUCCUUUAGCUCACCACGUCAGACUGUGGCGUUUGCUUUAUAUUAAGGAAAAUUGAUUUUUUUUUUUUUUUCAUAGGUCACAUUCCAGAUUCAUGUCCUCCUCCGCUUUCUUUUUCAAACUUACAGAUUAUUGUGUUCACUCUGUUCAGGUGAAUCUCGUUGACUCUUCCGUCCUGGAGUUUUCGUACCAAUCAAGAACGAGGGAGUAUUGCUGUAGAUCCCUUUUCAUGCAUGCUUUACCUUUUCCUGUCCCGUCCCAAGUAGGAACUGCUCUUAACAUCCCAUCAAAGUGUUUCCUCUCUCAUUCAGUCCCUUCUUUUUACGGUGAUUUCUUAAAUAAACCAACUAAAGACAACUUGC